AUGUCCUCGUCUACCGCACACCCGUCUGCCAUAGGCACUAACACCCAACCCAGAAUGUCCAAUGCGUCUUCCACCGAAGCCUCAACUCAACCAACGUCUGAACCUCUUACCGACAGUCAGCUUCCGCCGCAAAGACACGCGGGAGCCAUCGGGCUCGGUCCCUUGUACGGACAGGGAGCAGGUCUUGGAGAAAAGCUCGGCGGCUUGCAAGAGGAAGUCAAGGGAAAGAUCACGAAGAACCCAGAACUAGUCGAACAUGGGCGUGAGCGGCGUGCAGGGAUUUUGAAGAAGAAAGAGCAGGAGCAGGAUGAUGAAGAAGACCCGUUCACAAACCCAGAAGAUCAUAUCGACUAUCCUCCGGAGCCCCGUCGUGGUGAUUGCGGUUCUAACAUCAUCGGGCCUCGAAACCCUGAGUAUGAAAAGCAAGCUCCUAAUCUCAUCCACCCUCCUUCGACGGAUCACAGCACUCUCCCUUCGCUCAAAUGGUCAUUCGCAGAUUCGCAUGUGACAGAUGGGCACGUCAGACUACAGUCCGCAAAUUACCCGACCUCCACUGAGCUCGCGGGAGUAGAUAUGCGUUUCGAUGAGGGAGCCGUCCGAGAGCUCCAUGGGCAUUGUGAAAUGGAAUGGGCUUAA